ACGGCUGUAUUUCACUGUAGGAACGCAGGUGUCAUCAUACAUGUUUGAAGUUAGCUGUUUGAGCAGAAGCUUCGCUAAAAACAAAGCCAGUUCUUCGUCUCUUCGUACCACCUUUGGUCUCAGUGUUUGCUUUUCUCCUUAAGGACGGAUCCGGUGGCUCGUUGUCUCUCUCUGAAGCGACGGUUCCGUUAGCUGAUCUGUGCUAACAGUUAGCAAACUGCUCUGAGGGUAGGCAGCCAACUUCACGUCCAUGCGUCUGCAGCUGCUGUCAUCUCAAGCGGAGGUACAUCAGCAGGGAUAACUAACAGGUACAUGUAAACCCAUUUUUCUAUUGAUAGACGUCUCUGCGUGACAGUUUUACCUCCGUUUCCCCACCAUAUGGUGGCUAAGCAUGUGUUUGUCACAGUGAGCGCUGGUUGAAUGAUAAGUGUCAGCUAUAAUAGUGUUCCUGAUAUGUCUAGUUUUAACAUAUUUUGUAGAAAUAUGCAGAGUAAAUUAUAAAUAAACCGGCGUAUGUGCGAAAUGAAAAUGUUUAGGGUCUGGUGUGGGUCCCAUCUGUAACCUGUUGUAUGUAAAUGUGUUAUCAUGACUGUAUUAGUGUUGUGUUGUUUGCGAACUAUUCGUUCAAAAGAGACGAAUCUAUUAAAUGAACGUUCUGAACCGAAUCACUCCCUCAAGUGAUUCGUUCGUUUCUCUCUUCAGUUGAGCUGAAGUGAAAAACCGCUUUGCCAGGCCAGCAGCCGGUGAACGAGGGACCACAUGCACCGAUGCCUGAUUCAAUUGGUGAACGAAUCAUGCAUUGAACUACACUCUCUGGAAUCAUUUUUGUCGGACAAAACUAUCUUUUUUUUCACUGCUAAAUUGCCACCCCAACAACUUGCAUACAACAGGACACAGCAUGUAACAAGUCGCGCAUUAAACCCGCAGCAUCCUAUCAUUGCAGCAGUUUGCGAGGGAACAGUGCAUGUUCAGUUUGAAUUCUUCUAAACUUUCAGUGAAUGAAUCGCAGACCUGGUAAAUAGCAUACCAUAGGACAGUGCACUUAAAACACCAUGAGUUAUAUACAAGUUCAGUUUUACAAUGAUUCGGUGAUUUGGUGAACAAAUCUCUUGAACAAAUUUUUUAGUGAACUGAUUCUAGUGAUUCAGUACAUCUAAAAGAACUGCCAUGCCCAUCACCAGACUGUAUACUGUGCUGCAAAAGGGUACUUAGAGGAGUGAUAGUGAAACAGACUGACUUUGUUAUUCCUCUUUGUAAGCUACAAGAGCAAACUAGACCCUCAACAUUAAGAUGAACUGUUCCUUUAAUUUAAUUUUUAAUGAGUGAAACUGCUGCGGCAGGGCAGGUGCUUUAUAGUGGUGUUUAACAGCAGGCUGUGGGAAAGCCAAGAAGAGGUUCCAGUAUUAACUCACAUUAAUUGCCAUCCUGGUCCACACAAUGAUUACAUCCCGCCUGGACUAUUGCAGCUCCCUUCUCAUUGGUCUCCCCCAUAAGUCUAUCCAUAAGCUUCAACUGGUCCAGAACGCUGCCACCCAUAUCAUCACCAGAACACCAUCUAUCAGUCACAUCACACCUGUUCUCCACCAACUUCAUUGGCAUCCCAUGAAAUACUGCUUUGACUACAAAAUUCUGCUCCACACAUUUAAGGCCAUCCAAAACCUCGCUCCUCCAUACCUCUCUGAACUCCUCCACAUCAACACUCCCACUCGGACUCUCAGGUCUGCCUCAUCCAUCAGCCUCAUUAUGCCUCCGGCCCGUCAGUCCAUCAUGGGAUCCAGAGCCUUCCUCCCCCCUGACAUUGGGGACAUUGACUCAAAUCCCAUCUUAAAACUCAUUAUUUCAGACAGACCUACGCAGACUAGCAUUUGAUGUUCUGCUGCAGAGUCCGGACUUUUUUAUUUAAUACUUUGUUGUGUUGAUGUGUUUUUUAUUAAUUUUACUAUUCUACUGAUGUGUCUUUAAAAUUCCCUGUCAUUGUCAAUCAUUGCACUAAAGGAAAGACAAAAACAUGCUGCAUUAGAAGAUAAUGAGGCAAAAACAAAACACCUGAGCUUUUUUUCCAAAUAUACUUUUAUUUGCAAAACAACAUGAUUUACAUUAAUAAGCGUACUGUUAUGUUUCCUCUUACACCAAAAGUACUUUCUGCUCAUCCAUCCGAUUUUCUUUUCUCACAGUUUUUCCUGGCAGACAUCAUGGAGCUCCAGGCUGUGCUGAUGGCAGCGGGAGGGGGUUCUCGUAUGACUGAUCUGACGUUUAACACCCCCAAACCGAUGCUGCCUGUUGGAAACAAACCCCUGAUGUGGUACCCACUCAACCUGCUUGAGAGGGUGGGCUUUGAAGGUGAGAUCUCAGAAUUGUCAGUGAAGUUGUGCUACAUCUGACAAACACAUGUUAUAAUUCUAUUGUGAUGGGUAUUACUCGUGUUUUUAAUUUGUUUUAUAACACUUGAAAUAUACCUGCUUUGGGGGGGCACUGAUGGCCUAGCGAUGUGAGCGCCAUUGGGUAUAGAGGCCAAAGUCCUUGUCCCUGGUUGUGUGAUUCCUGGCUGUGAGCCAAUGUAUGAGUGUGUGUGUGUACAUGCAUGGGGCUGGAGCCAAGUCCUCUAACUGCCAUUGAGUAAGUGGUGGGCUACUCCCUGGACUGGUUGCAAGUCCAUCACAGGGCUGACAUGUAGAAAUAGACAGCCUUUUACAUACACGGUCACACCUAUGGGCAAGUUAUUGUAAAAAAAAAAAAUCUAGAUUUAAGCAGAUGAAUUUAAUAUUUACUUUUUUGUUAGAUUUAGUGAAUCAGGUGCUCACUUUGCACUAAAGCAUGAACAACACUUGUGAUUCUCUUAGAGAGGUCUACCACUAAUACAAGCCUGCUUCAUGUGUGUGUGUGUAUACUUAAAUAUUUUACACAUCUGUAGUAAAAAUAGAGAAACAGAACAAUACUGUUGCAGUAGUCUUCUUCCCUAUAGUGUGUGGUCAUCAUAAAUAGACCCUGCUUUGCAGCCAUCUGCUCCAUCAUUAUCAUCCUGAGCAGAGGUCUAGUCAUCCAGCGUAAUUGUAAACAUCUGUGUGGAUGUACAAGGUCUCAAAAUCAGUUGGCGUGUCAGAAAAUUACUCACAUGUUGUAAUGAUUCAGGGAGAUGUCUGUGUGAAUAAGAGUGUGUGAAUAAGCAAUCAGAACAAACUUUUAGAAAAGCUAUUAUCACUUGUCAGCAAGUUUUAUGAUACUAUGACGAUAGUAUUAGUCAGUCACCGGAGAAUUCAUACUAAUGUUUCUGGUGAAUCUGCUUCCUUUUAGCAGUCUAACAGUUUUGCCUAUUACAAAAGUAAAUCAUGACUGUCCAAAAUUCGAGAUGAUUCACUCCCACUUUCCAAACACUAGCUCGGUCUGGUCUUGCAAACUGCAAAAUUAUGGGAUUUUUUCAAAAGCAGGGAAAACAAACUGCACACCAUGUCAAUAGAAUGUUGAAAAAUAAAGUUUUAUUAACAUAUCACUGACAAAAAUGCUAAAAUUCACCAAAUCAGUCAGAGUUUGUAACAAAAACUCUUAAUCUUUAACCACUUUAGUGUUAUUUUUCAGUCAAAAUGACAUCUUCAAACGUGUUAAACAAAAGACUUCAGAUAAAAGUCAGUUUGGAUUAAAAAACAAUCUUGUAUGGGCCUCACAUUAGCUUGAGUUGAUAAUAUUGGCCACAUGUGAGCUGUUAGCCCCCUCCUCCAUACUGUGUCAGUGUAAGGGGUGGAAAGUGUUACAGGGGAGCAACAGCAGUCCUGGUUGGUUUCCACAUAAAAUGCAAAGAAGCAAAAUCAGAGCCAGCACUAGCUUUAUGUGGCCUCUGUGUAAAACCUGGAACAAAAAGUGUGCUAACUUCAUUAUCAUAAAGUUGAUGCUGAAGGAGGACCUUCGCCGGGAGACGAUUAUCUCUCACUCAGAUACAAAGACACAGAAUUGUUGGUGAGAGAUCAUAAUGAAAUAUUGAUAUUUGUCAAAACUGAUUUAAUUAGAGAGACAGAUUUGUUUUGUUAUGUCACUUUGUGUUAAAUAAAAAAUGGCUAUCUGUCAAAACAACAACAACAAAAAAAUCUUUUGACUUUGGUGAAAACAAAGGAGAGUUGUCAACUUUACUAAAAGAAACAAAUGUGUAUCUUUGCAGUGGUGGGGUUCAUAUUUUAUUCCAUUCAUAGGCGGUGGUUGUGUGAUGUUUGCUUCCCAUGAAACAGACAGGCAUGCUUCCAAGUGGCUUAAAUAGUCGAUGCUCGCUCUUUUGUAAACCGUUCUCCCCUUUUCCACUUUUUUCACCCUGCUUGUCAUCACAUUGUCAGCGGUUGUCAGGUGUGUAUUUCCUGUCUGGAUUUACACAGUCUUGAUUUUACCUCUUGUGCUGCAGCUUGCAGUAGGUCCAGAAACUCCGGGCUUAUAAAGGGAUUUGUUGCAGUGUGCUGUUCUUGCCAGUAAACAGGCCUUUUUGUUAUAAAAGCUUGUUGGUCCUCGCUUGCUUAAAUAAAACUGGCUGUCUAUACAUAAUCAUCCUGUGUGGCCGGCAGUUUACUGUGUGCAGCCAGCUAGCCAAGGCCCUGCAAUUUGGUUUUUACUGGGCUGACACAGCUAGAGUGAACAAAUGUAGAAAAAAAAAACAUUUUAUACAGACAAGGCUAAUUAAAGUAGACGGAUUCUGCAAUGUUUCAAGAUUCAUAAAAUUGUCAUGUAAUGUUGUUACCAACUUUAUAAAAGCGGAGCAGUGGUCUCAGCCUGAUUUAUGUGACUGGGGUUAAAGGAGUAAGUACAGUUUAAUAGACAUCUUAGAGGUUUUUUUUGUAUUUUGUAUUUUUGAGGAAUCUUAAGUGAUUUUUUCUUUAUUGCAGAAAGUUGGAGUACCUCUGUGUACAAAAGUACACAUUUAGCUUCUCAUUUUUGACCUCUCUUAUUCAAAGGGGAUUGUGUAAAAAGAGAAUUAUCUCUUAUUUUCCCUUUCCUGCAAAGACGUGCCUUGUAAAAUUUAGGAGAUAGAUAAAGUCAGAAGAGUAUUUUUUGUAUUUUAUUGCUUUUAAAGGUCUGUGUGUAUAACUUUGGACUUUUUGUUUUCAGAGGUGAUUGUGAUCACCACCAAAGAGGUCCAGAAGAUGAUGAGCACCGACUCUAAAAUGAAACUGGAUGUGAAGAUGAAACUAGACGUGGUGUGUAUCCAGGAGGACGGAGACAUGGGGACAGCAGACGCUCUCAGACACAUCCAGCAGAAGAUCAAGGUGGGUGUAUUGAUAAUAAACUGCUGCUGGGGUGAUGCCGCACUUUCUCCAACAGACCAACAAAACCAGAUUUAAUUUGUAAUCAAGAAACUAAACAAAAAUUUUAUUUACUGUGGACCCCAAAAACACUUUCAUUAAACGCCCUCUCCUCUUGCUUACAUUUAAAUACAGUCAUUGUUUUUCAGUUGAAUAAAACACAAACAUUUUUAAAAACUUUUAAUCUAAAUAGAUGUAUGUACCACAUUACCUGUACAUCAGUCAAAAUCGUCUCCAAUGUUUUCCUUGUUUAUUUAAGAGUAAGUCAGAAAGUUACAUUCGAAGUACGAGAGCUGGGAAUCACUAGUGGCCCCAUUAGUGCUGGGCGAUUGGACGAUAUAUAUCGUUGGCACGAUAGAAAAUGUCUAUCGUGCCAUUUUUAUUCUUAUCGUUUCGGGCGAUAGGUUGUAUUUAAUCCAUAGAGCUUGUGCCAUCAGAUGAUUCAUAGUAACAACAACAAUAAUUGCACAUUCAGUAAGUGUAUUUGGUGUCGAACGGGAAAGAAAACAAUAUUUUCUUACAAAGAAAAGGAUGCGUUGACAUGUAGGCUUGCAUUUCUCUUUCGAUUUUGCGACAUGACGCCGCUUUACGUGCCCUCUUUAUGUCCAGCGCCUCCCGCCGUUGCGUGUUACCUGGGUUACACACGUGAGGGGAUCAUUGUAAGCAGUGCUUAAUUUGUGCCGGAGCAAGUCGGAGCGCGAUCCGGGACCUCUUUUGAUCGGAUCUGGGACCUAUUUCAGCCGCUCCGGCACCUGUUUCAUCUGCUCCGGGACCUUCCCUGUGGAGGAUGACUUUUUUCGGGAAUUCCCGUGGGUCACGUGAUUCCCGCGGGAUGGGAGUCAUUUUUUUAUUAAUCUCUUGAUCGGGACGGGACGGGAAAAAAAGCAACGGGAGUGGGCAGGAGCGGGAACAACAUGAAAAGAUGAUCUUUUUCAGCCGUGUUAAACAACCAGAUGAACAGGUGCGUCCAUUUUUGUAGUCAUCUCUCAGUGAGAGUAAACACUCUUGACCGCGCUAGCAACACAAAAGAACUACAACAGCGGUUUGACUUCCUGUCAGCUGGGAGCGCGGCUGCGCAUUUGUACCCUUCAAGCCAGCAGCGAGGAAACGUAAUUUUGUGACAUUCUGUAGUUUUUCAAUCAUUUCUGGAGUCGUGGCGAAUCAAAUCACCUUACCUGUCUGCCCCUGAUAGGCGAAUAAAGCGCUCGGAUUCAUGCUCGGGUCUUGCUACGUGCUUCAAGAGUAAAGUAAACAAUGAUGGAGGCAGAGAGCAGCUUUGGAGGAGAAACAUCUAGCAGUGUGAACAACCUCUUCAAAAGAGCCCUAAAGACCUACCUUUUUAAUAAAGCCUUUGGUUAGUUUUCCUCUAUGCUAUAUGCUUUUACUACCUUGCCUCUUACAUUGCAACUCUAUAUAUUUUAUUUUUUUUUAAUUCUUUUUUAUGCUAAUCUGUGACUGUCAUUCUAUUGCUUUUUUUUAUUGUUGCUGCUCUUUUUUUACUGUGUACUGUAGCACUUUGAGAUUUUUUUGUAAAUGUAAAGUGCAUUACAAAUUAAAUUUAUUAUUAUUAUUAUUAUUAUUAUGGAGUGCUUCGGCUCACACUAUCAGCGUUUUCUGUAAGUGUUACAUAACUUUGGGUGAGCACAGACAUGAACGCACUUCAGCCACGUAUUUGUUUAUUCAUUUUUCUAGUUUUAAGUGCUGGUCUUGUACUGGUACUGUACUAGUGCAGCUGUAUACACUUAAAUUUUUCAUAGAACUGAAAGCAUACCAUAGCUAUAUCGUGAUAUAUAUCGUUAUCGUGAUAUAAAAUGAUCCAUAUCGUGAUAUACAUUUUUUUCCAUAUCGCCCAGCACUAGGCCCCAUGAUAUGUUUCUAUCAUGAUGCUUGGGCCACAAUACGAUAUUAUUGCGAUUUUUAACAUUUUGCAAUACAGUGAGUAUUGCGAUACAUUAUAUUGCGAUUUAUACAUUUUUUUCAACUGUUUAGCAUUUGGCUUUCCUUUAUGUUUGUCUUAAUGAUACUGUAUUAUAUUUGUUAUCACAGAUUUGACUUCAUAUCAGCAAUUAAUUUGAAAAAUCGAUACUUGAUACAUGAGACGAUACGAUAUAUCACCAGACAAAAUAUCACGAUACUAUGCUGUAUCGAUUUUUUUCUCCCACCUCUAAAAAAGUACAUAUAACAAAUAUACAGCAACUGGAUGUUUCCCUGCUCCAACACACCUGAUUCAAAUGAUUAGCUCGUUAUUAAGCCAUUACAGAGCUUGAUAACGAGCUAAUCAUUUGAAUCAGGUGUGUUGGAGCAGGGAAACAUCCAAAACAUGCAGGACAUAGGACUGGACUUGAGAACCACUGGACUAGCCUACAAUCAGUUGCUGCUGAUUUGGGAAGCUCUGUUGUUAAUUUCUUCUAUUUUAGUUUUAUCCAAAGGUCUGUUGCAAUCUGCACACUCCAAACUAUUGAACUCUGUUGCUGGCCUUUGUGUUAUGGUUGCCUGCUGACAUUUUUAGGUAGCUGCACCUGUAUGAGUAGCUUCCUUUGACUUGUCAGCUAAGCGGUCUGUUUUUUUUAAAGUGAUAUGUGCCGAUUAGAAGUGCAACAUUUCCAUCACUGCAGUGGAAGGAAGCAAGAAGCUGAGAUUACAUAACUACAAAAGCCCUAAUAAGAGCAUAAAGGGCUGAUAAAGUUUUUUUGUUUGACUGUUUUUCAUACUGAGGCACCUUCAGCCGAGCUUUGUGACCUGUGCUGAUAAAUCAAACAAUUCAGCCAUUAAAAAAACAAACUUUACUCUUCUUCCGCCCACCUGCACCCAUUGUUGAGCUCACCCACUUUCAUGCAGGUCACGCCGAUCUUGUUGUGUGUGUGUGUUUGUGGUGAACAAACCAGCCUGAACAGAACCAGACUGUUGUGAACAGCAUGCAUGUUCUCCCCAAAAAAAGUUCAAGUGUUCCAGUGCUGUUAUUUUAAUUGUUGGCUCAUUACGGCAUAAUGAGAUCAAGUGGUGAUGUUGUUAAUGAAGAAUGCUGCACCGACUGUGUGUGUUGCACAAUAGUUUUAAAUAAACCAUCAUUUACCAGUAAUCAGUGCUCUGAAAUGAGAGAAAAACUUUUGGAAAAUGUGUACAAAAAGACAAAUGAGUUUAAAAAUGACAAAGGACUCUGAAGGUGGGGGGGUUCAAGGUGGGCGUUGUGUGUACUGCUGAGUGACCACUGAUCCGUGCCUCUCCCUUCCUCCCCUUACUGUUAAUGGCUGCAGAAGUUCCUUCUCAGCUCACUUUUUUUUUUUUCCAAAUACACACAAACAUGCACAGAUGCACACAUGAACACACUGCCACUAUAGCCAUGACCCCCCAACCCUGAUUUCCAGACCUCCUCUGUGCCCUGUCCGUUGAUCUCUCCAUCCCUCCCUUCAUCCCGUUCUGUCUAAACAAAUGAGGUCAUGGUUAAGAAUCAAACUCCCCGUGCUGCCAGUUUACCCGCUGCACCAUUUGCUCUCAUCCUGAACAUCUGUGCAGCAUUUGUGUUAGGGUAUGUUGGAGUGUAUGUUGUUCCUCUGUAUAUGCCAUGGCUUUGACUGACCCCCUGAGAUGAUGAAGACAUGUUUGUGUAAGGGUUUGUGCCAAUCAGAGCGACUGAUGUACCCCUUUAACUAUUUGUUGGAGUUUAAUUUUUGGUGGUAGGGCAGGGCGACAUGGGAAAAAGUUUAUCAUGAUAAUUUUUUUUCAUCUCAGUCGAUAUCAAUAUAUAUCAUGACAUACAAAAUGAAAUUUAACAGUUCUUAUUGGUUGCAUGUCUUUUGCCAUACAAUAAGCUACUGCAUCUAUGAGGUCUUUGUGUCGUAAGGCGUUGCGCUAGAGAAAGCGGACUGAAAGGGCAGCUGUUUCGGCUGCACAGGCACCAUGGGCUCCUUGCUCCGCUAGGGGUUUGUAACCUUUUGCAUUGUGCGUGCUCUGCCGCCUGGUACUGCUUAAAGAUUUGAGGUAUUCCCCGACUUUGCGAGAACAUGAACUCGAUAUAAUUUGCAGUGCACAUUACUCUGCCUCAUGUCCAACCUCAAAAAACCAAAAUACCUCCACACCACCGACGUUUUCGUGCCAGUGUUGCCGACAAUGUCAUCAUCUGUUGAGCCUUCAUCUGAAUUUCUGCUGGGGGUAGCACUCAUUUUCCAUUUUUCUCACCUACAGUGCUUUUGGUUUCACGUGUUAAACUGCCAUGGUUGCGUGUAGCUGCAGUCUGCUACUACGCAGUUGUUUGCUACUUGGUUCUAAAUCAGCCCAAUUGGUUCAGUGCGAAGUGGACCCGGAGAAACUCCCCUUUUCAUUGGCUAUUUGUAUAGUCUACUAAAACAUUGCAGAAUGCCAACUAUUGAAAAUACUGAUAUUGAGGGAAAUUAAUUUUCAAUAUAUAUCAUUAUCGUAUUAUCGCCCAGCCCUACCUUCAACUAAUUUUGGAGGUUAAAUUUUUAGUUUUUAAAAAAUAUUUUUUGUUUUUUAUCAGAAUUUUUCAAAUACAAAAAGGAGGUAAAGGUAAAAACAUAUAUUUGGACACCCUUCUCAGGUGUGUGGAAAACAUUGAAUUCUCAAGAUCCAAAGAUUGACCAACAGUUAAAUCCAAGUGUCCGAAAAAGACACACAACAUCAAACAUCGAUUUGAAAGACUUAAGUAUCCAGCUACUGCAGCUCAUUACAUUCUUUACUGCUGAAUCUGUCGGCUGUACCUUUGAAAGCACAUUUAUCAGAGACUUUAAAUGCUGAAUUUGUUGUGACAAGUGUGUUAAAAGUUUUUUUCCUCUGGCACUUGAAUGGGUCUGUGCAGAUUCUUAUUGUUCACUUUGCCUCAGUUUCUUUUUUAAUAGUUGUAUAGUAAAACCACACACACACACACACACAGACACACACAUACGCACUUAAACAGGACCUGCUCCAGCAUGCUUCCAUUGAGAAUAGUCGGGUCCCUAAUCCUUUGAGCAGCCAGCUAGAUUAGAGGCAUUGAGUUACGCACAUUCACCCACUGGAGGGUGAUGAGUGAAGAACCGUAACUGUGGCCUGCCAAGUCCCAACACAGAGAUCACUCAAACUGUCAGACUGAUGCAUGAGUACAGUAUAGGCACACACACUCACUCAUCUCUUUACACAAACACACUCCCAUGAGGGGAUUUGGUGUAACCUAUCAAACAAAAUACUUACAGGAAUCCCAGUACAACUCCAGGUCCUUCCUCCCGAUUAUUGAAAAGAGAGAUUACAAGCAGCAUAUUUUAUUUUGUUCGCUCUGCAAACAAGGGAAGUCACACAAAAGUGGAGGGAUAUGACUGAUUGUUUGGAAGCUCUUUCACAAGAAGCCAAACUAGUGAAAGGGGUACUUAACAUGUACUUUUUGCUUUGUGCGCUUAAAGCCUCUUUGACGUUUUUAUGAACAUUCAGGCUUCAUCACCUGAGUGUCUGCAGACUCAAAGAAAUGUAUAUAUACAUUGGAGUCGCUGAUUCACCGGGUUUAACUUUUGUCUACAUUUGUUAGUCUUUUUGUAAGACUGAGGAUAAAAGGUGAAGAGAGAGAAGAGUAAGAGGUGAAGCUUAAGAUUUUGUUUUUACUUUUUUUUCUUUCCACUCCAAACUCAUCCACCUUUUUUACUUCUUUGUGUGGCACGCAAUAUUUGUGACAUUUGUAUUGUAAAAAAACUUAAAUUUAAAAACUUUUAAGUCUAAUGCAAUCUUUCUUUCUUUUAGUCCAGUGAAAAAAAGCUGAUUGCCUCUUAUUCUUACGACUAAGUUGUUUCAUUCAUUCAUUUUUGGAAAAGUUUGUUCAAGGUGGACCUGAAACCCAUCCUGCAUAAUGGAGGAAAUAGGUUAUAAAAACUCAAGGUAAUCAUACUUUAAAGGAUUACUUUUAAGUUAAAAUGCAUUUGUUUGGGAUCUAUUAAAGAUAAAAGAUGAAGACAAAACACAUCCAGGAGUAUAACAGGGUAAAAAGUUACUUAUACUCUCAACAUGAUAUGAUAAGUUUUCAUUUAAAAAGUAGAUUAAAAUUAGUUUUUUAUCGACUGUUUUUUGUCAUUCAAAUGGAACUUUAAAGCUCCUAUGAAAGUUGAGAAAUACACUGAAAUGAGCUUUGAUGCAUCCCUGUGAUCUACAAAAGAAAAUGAGACAAACAAUGUCAAGAUUUUCAGUUUCUUAGAAUUAGAACUUUCAAUGCCUUUAAUCGUUGUGAGGGGGUGGCUACGCUGAAGAAAUUGCCUUAGUUACUUUUACAAAUAUCCAUGAUUAGUGAUUGAGUUUAUUUUUAAAAGACAGUAGGAGGAGCUUUUUGUGAGUUAACACCACGCCACAAAGACUAGAAAAAAAAUCAGUAACAGUAUAAGGCGGUGGUUCUCAAGUCCAGUCCUCCAGGCCCACUGUCCUGCAUGUUUUAGAUGUUUCCCUGCUCCAACACACCUGAUUCAAAUGAUCAGCUCGUUAUCAAGCUCUGCAAUGGCUUAAUAACGAGCUGAUCAUUUGAAUCAGGUGUGUUGGAGCAGGGAAACAUCCAAAACAUACAGGACAGUGGGCCUCGAGGACUGGACUUGAGAACCACUGGUUUAAGGGGUACCACUUUAUCCACAGGGGGCGCCAAAAGCAGCACAGACAAAUACCCACAAAUACAAAGUAAAAUAAACAAAUUGAGCACACACAGCAAAACCUGGGAUAUCAAAGCCCACUGUACCAAAACACAGCUUUUAGGCAUCUUUAGUCCAGUUUCUAGACCAAAAUACUGCUACAGGAUACCACUUCACAUCUGUGUGUGUCUAUAACCGCCAAGUCUGAGCUGUAACUACAGCCCCUACUAGUGGAGACCAGCUGCACAGACGCAACAUUUGAGUGCAGUUGAGCCUACAAUAAUUUCUCAAUAAUGAGCUCUGGUGCCAGUUGUUGAGGAUGUUAAGCUUGAACCAUUCAGUCAACUGAACACGCACAUCCCUGAUUAAAAAUUAAAGGAUCAUCUCCUUUGUUAUUUUUUUGCUGUUCUUAGUUUUGGAGUUUAAUGUUACAAGUGACUAAGAAGGAAGAACCAUGCGUUCAUAACAAGGAACGAGUUAGAACCUAGAUGACUUGCCUAAUACUUAUGUUUGAUUUGUAUUUUAAAAGAGUUAUCAGUAAUGAACAAUAAUUAAGAUAAUUGACAGUCACACUUAAGGAAAUAUUCCCACACUAUCAUGGUAGAGGAAAUAAACAUAACUCUAUGUUUGAACUAACCUUCAUCUCUCCUGUGUAAAAAACAGGGCUCUAUCAACAUAAAGACGAAGUUUCCAAGUUUGGUACAACUAGAUCGAGGAGGUGUAAGCAGUAGUUUUGGAUGAGUGUCCAUGACUCUGUGUGUGUGCAGGCAUCAGUGUGUGUGGUCCUGACCUGUCCAGAGAUUCUGGCUGUUGAAAGGCUAAAGUGUCUCUGUCUCUCCAGCUGACUCCACUCUGCUGUCGCCUCGGUGUGGGUGAGACUGUGUGUGAGGUUUAUAUGUGUGUAUGUCUGUCUGUGUGUGUGUCUCAGAGAGAGAGAGAGGAGAGUUGAAAGGUCUCAGAGUCUCAGUGUCGGUAGAUCUUCUGCAGACAACUCCGACUCUGUCGUGGCAGCUUCCUGUCGCCAGGUCCACACCAGGUUAUGUCGGGUGUUACCUCUAGGUCAACUACAUGACCCUUGACCCCACUGAUACGAGCCCUCUCCAGCUGAAACACACAGAGAGACACAAACAGAGGUGUACAAAACUCUUAAACACUCAACCAAAAAAAAAAAAUCACAUUUCUCCUUUAUGGUUUCUAUCCUCAUGUCAUCUCCCACUUCCUUCACUCCCCCUUUCUUCCCCUUCUCCCUCCCCCGUCCAAGAUGUUGCUGUCAUUAAAGCGGCUGGUGCUAAUGGUGGGAUUAGUUCUCAUGCUGACAGCCUUCAUCAGAUGGAUACCGCACACACGCAGUCACACAUAUAUGGGCGCACCCUCGUGCAAACACACAUACACACAUACGGAUGUGUAACAUCACUGAUAUAGGUUUUGUACUCCCAGAUGUAAGAGUCAGAGUAAGUGAUAUGUAAAGAGAAUUCACAAGCUGUGUAACAAUAUACAAUUUGAAACCUAUAGGGUUUACAUGUUAUUACAUAGCUCGGAUGCUGAAGAUAGUUUGAGUUUUCGUCUAAUCUCCGCCGUCAUAAAUGAGCUCAGGCGCAGAGAGGUUGCCAGCAUUUCUGGGUCAUGUUUAUGAAUGGUUCCCUCUCAAAUUAGUGCAGUUUUAACCUGUUUUUGUAAAUGAAGCAACAAACCGUGCUCACAGACGGUGAUGAUUUCUACUGCAGAGUUAUAUCUAAUUUCAAUGCCUGUGGACCUGUUUUCAUCUUUGUCUGUUUUUAUCUACAGUGAUUCUAAACCAGAUUAGAACUCUCUAUCAUCGAGCUCAUCGUAAACACACAAACAAGUCGACUGAAGAGAAACAGACACACAUCCUAAAUGAAAAUAAUGACAUCAAAAAAGCUUCAUUCCUUACUGUCAUCUGAGUUUGUGUAGCUUUAAAUCAGUGUUUGGCAUGAAAACACACAAAGUUAAACUCGGAAGAGAGAAAUUCCUGCUUUUUCUGUUCUGUAUGUUUGUUAUAAAAAUUCUGAGUGAUCCAGUUUCUGUUGUUAAUAUUUGGUAAAUAACAUAAUCCCGGCUCUCAUGUCCUGAGGUGUUUAUGUGGAGCAUUGUCGCCACCUUUAUUUAUGUAUAGUCUGCGCGCAUGAAGUGAGUAGGCAGACCUCACUGUCUGAACAUCAGGAGCGUUCUGUUUCAUGGUGUUUCUGUGUCUUUGUGGACUAAUGGAAAUGUCUGAAAAAUCACUACAUGUGGGCAGAUUUUGCUCAAAAUGGGACACCGGUCAGAGAUCACGAUCAAAAGUCUGAAAUGUUUGAACUUACAGUCAUAUUCACAGCACUUCCAGCUUAUUAUUAACAUGGUUUAUCAUAUCUGACUUUUACUCUUUAAAAUCAACGUGUUUCUCUGGAGUCGUCUUCAAUUCUUUUCGCUCUCUUUCCAAACUCCCUCCUCAGACAGACAUCCUGGUGGUCAGUUGUGACCUGAUAACAGAUGUGGCUCUUCACGAGGUGGUGGAUCUCUUCAGGGCCCACAAUGCGGCACUGGCCAUGCUGAUGAGCAAAGCCCAUGAAUUUACAGAGACCGUCCCGGGACAGAAGGGCAAGAAAAAGACAGGUAACAGAAUAAACAACAGAAAAAACUGUGUAAAUUACUGUUAACAUCACAUUUAUGCUGGAUGAAUCAAUUCCAGUCAUAAUGUGAAAGAAAGAAAAAGUGACAGAAAAUUAAAACAUUUAAAAAAAACUAAUUUUGUGUGUUUUUCUUCCAGCUGAGCAGAGAGACUUUGUGGGUGUGGAUCACUCAGGGAAGAGGCUGCUGUUUAUGGCCAAUGAGGCUGAUUUGGAGGACGGCCUGUCAAUUAGGAAGUCCAUCAUGAGGAAGUAAGUUUGUUGUUUAUUAUUUUCAACCUUUAGUUCAGUGUAGUCAUCAAAAUUUUAUUUGUUGUGCUCGCAUUUGAUCUGAUUAUGGCAAAUUCUUGUCUUUUUAUUGAUAUAUAUAGUGCAAUAUGAAGAACUACUGGAAUUUAUAAAAACAUAAAUGCAUCUAAAUGUCAAUCCUUCAAUUAUGUUGAUUCUUAUAUGCAUCUAGACUGACUGCAGGUCUGUUCCCUGCUGUAAGUAAGCCAUGUCCCUCUCCAGCUCUGUGUCCAGCUCUAGCUCUCACCUGUAUGGAGAGGUAGAGAGAUAAGAGUCAGUUCCCUAAAAAACUUUACCGAUAAACUCAAUUGACAAAUGAAGAUGUCAUUGAACAGGUCAAACAAUGCUCAGAGUUGAGUUCAGCCGACUGACAAAAACAAAUUUUGUUUUAUUCUAAUGCACAACACUACACUGUAUUUGGGCCACAGGUGAAAACAUUAAAAGUAAAGAUUGUGUGGUCCUGUAAGUGGUCCAAAUAUGUGUCUAGAAUCAUAAACAAGCACGAGGCUGAGCGGGAGUACUCCCUUAAAACCCACCUGGCUAACCUAAGCAUCUGCUGGGCUGACGAAAGCAAAGUGUACUACACAUGUUUACAUUUUACAUUCAUGUGAGACAUGAAACUGCGUGCCCAAUUAGUUUUGUAGAUGAAUCGUGAAAAAUGAGAAACUAGUGAAUUAAAGCUUUGCAUCAUGUUGCUGAGAAACAUGUAUUUGCAAUUGAAUGAAAUGACUGUGUUUGUAAUUACUUCAUUUUGGGGGCUAUGUCUGUAUUCGUUAUUUAUAGUUCUUUGUAUGAAAUUGUGCUCAUUGUCCAAAUAUCAACAAAGGUGAAAAUAAUAUCAAUCAGUUCUAAUGAACACAUUAUUUAAGUUACCCUUCUUUAGUCAGCUGUGUGUUUUGUGUAGAGGAUUCUUACCCCAAGCUCUGUGGAUUCUAGUAUAUGUGGGUUUGAGGGGUGGUAAAUAGUUUCUGUACAUCUGCACUUUGUAGUCGGGCUUAGGAGAGCAGAUGUUUCAGUUUCUAAUCAGAUACAGUGUGUUUUUGUCUGAACAAUCUGCGGCGGGUGUAUGUGGGAUUUUUGUUACAGGAAGAGCUCUCUAGGUAGGUUUUCGUCUCUAAGUCCUAAAGUGCAUGUAUGUGUGAGAGCGGGUGUUUUGGGGGCUCGUAAAUACUUCAUGGAGCCAAAGCUACUGUAAAUUCUGGCCAAUAAGAGGGGGGCCUGAGCAGCUGCUCGCAUGCUUCCCUGCACAGGAAAAUCUUCUUCUACACACACACACAUGGAUAUAUAUACAUUCAUAUAUAUAUAUAUAUAUAUGUAUACACUCACACAUUCUGUCUCUUUCACACACACACAGAAAUGUGUAUAUGAACACAGAGAAACAUGACUUCAAGGUGGACACUGGUGGAGUGAAAACACUCGCACAUUGUCACACAGUGUUAUGGAAACAGGAGCCUCCAGCUUAACAUUUAGGGCUUACAUUGGAAGAUGUGUAAAGUAUAAUUCAUCGUAGAUCAUUUAUACACACACAUCAUGUAACCACAUCAAACAGAUUAAAGAAACAUCUUUCACCCUGGAAUUAAGUGCUAUGCACUUUUUUAUUGUCACCAGUUUAAUCCUGACUUUCUUGUCGGGUCCACAGUUUUUUAUUUUUUAACUCUGAGCUGACAUUCAUUUAGUAUUUCCAUCUUUGUUCAACUUCAGGCCUGUGCAAUCUUUUCUUCUCCUUUGCAUCUUCUAUUUCCACAAAGUUUAGCUUGCGUAAUGGUAGCUCAAAACAAUCUGCACAAGUGUGAUUGUUUGACCUGGAAAAAACUUAAAUGUAUGAAAAGACUCCAGCUGAGUUUACCCUCCUACAGCGCAGCUCCGCCCACUAUAUUAUCUUGGAAGCAGGACCUGGAAAUAGGCUGGAUCAGAAUCAAAUUCCUUGAAAGUAAGGCAAAACUUCAGGGUUUUAAAAUCCCUCACUUAAAGGCUGUAAAAAAAAUCACAAAUAUCUGUCCACACUUAGCAAAUAGCUUGGGAUUAUGAACCUCACUUUUUAAACGUGUUUUCAGCAAAGUGACCUUUAGAGAUAAGCGUAGGAAUUCAUAUGCAUCUGUUAGCAAUGAAGGGAAAAAGAGGGGCCUGAAUCCCAAUCAAUAAAAAUCUGCAUGUCCCGGACUCUCUAAACGGUAAAUGAUUCCCAUGCCCUGCAAAAUAACAUUAACCAAAUGCACAUUGAAGAAACACAAACCGAUUAACAGAUCUGAUGUUCUCAUUGUACUCUUUGUACCUUUUACAUAAUGUCAUAAGUACCACCAAUAAAAUAUCUACAACAGCUGAAAACCACAGGCAGAUGAGUUUGUGGCAAGUGUAUUUCAUAUUGAUCCAUUUGUUUUUGUUUUUUUACUCAAUAUAGUUUUGUUUGUUCUUCGCAGUUUUAUUUCACUGCUGAAAUGCAGAUUUGUAAAAUAGAUCCAAUAGCUUGCACGCAGAUCUGGUCUUAGUUUUCCUCCUCCUUCCUUUAAAAUGUUCCUUUUUGUAUAGUUUUAUUUAAAAGUUUUUGUCAUUUUACUUUUUGUAUGAUAAAAAUGUAGUUUAAAAAAAAACACUCAUGCUGGUUUUGUCAGCCUUGAAAAAUGACCAGCAGUGCCAUGUGUAUUUAUAACACAGCUUCAAAUAUAUGGGUCAAAUAUACGAGAGUGGACGAGCUGGUAUUGAGGGUUUCACACUUCUGUAUAUUUCUGUGCCAGUAAUGAAAUGCCCUGAAUAAAAUUUAAACCCUUCAGGCUUGUUGGCUCUGUAGUGGAAACCUGACUAAUGAGGGUAUUAACAGUCAAUCUUCUGCCUCUGAGUCAUCCUGUGCUGUGGGGUUUAGUUGUAACUAAAUAAGACAUUAUGCUGUGUGUGUUUGAGCAAGAGAGAUGUGACUCCUCUCUCCCACUGAGGACUUUAGUGGUACUUUAGUAUUCAGUCGUUAAUCCAGGGGUUGAGUCAUCCUUGCCUGCAGAGGCACUAAAUUCUUUUUGCGCUGCACACUGAGCUCUACAGCACUCACAGCAUCCAGAAAUCCCAUGGCGCUGCUGUCAGGAAAAGCAAGAUGUUUACACUUGUUUUGUGGAAAUUUAAGAUUUUAGUAACUUUAGGAUUCUGCAACAUGUUACCAGUGCUCAGAAUUUUGAAUAGAAAUGACAAGAGACUCUUAGAAAACAGUUUCAUCUACAUCUUUCAUCUCUACUACACUUUAAACUCUCAUUUGUAAGAAUCUAGGCUGUAGAUUGAUAAUCAUUAGUUAGGUCCUUUAAAGUAGGGGUGUCCCGAUACGAUAUUGAUAUCAGAUAUCGGUCCGAUAUCAGCAAAAAUUUGAAUAUGGAUUAUAUCGUCCUGCAUCUAAAAUCUCCGAUAUCAGCACUCUGAUACAGGCAGUCCAUUCCAGAUUCCGCUCCAGCACCUCUAUCUAGCAGCACCCGGAUCUAACUUAAAGAGUCCAUAUGAUUACAACAACAGUGGGUUCUGAGGUACUAACAAAGUACCAAGGAGUAGAAGUGAUGUCAGUAUUUUUCAUUAAAGUCUGAAAAAGACGUUGCAGCUGAGUGCAAAACUUGUUAUGCAGAAGUUUGUGCUAAUAUAGGAUCAAUAUCGGCAUUGGCCAAUACUGAAGGCUACAAUAUCGGUAUCAUAUCAAAGGUAAAAAAGUUGUAUCUGGACACUUGUACUUAAAGACCCAUUUAUUGUCAUUGCUCAGGAGGCAAAAUGUACAGAUACAAAUGGCCCUAUUCAUUAAUUAACUUUGGGUGGGUUUAUUUCUUCCAGUAUCUAUAUAAACAGUUUGCGCAAAAGUCGGGUGACGUCUUGGGUGACGACUUUUUCCUGCUUCUUACUCAUUACUUUUUGUCUCAGUACUUUCACGGUGUUUCUAUUUUUGUUUGUUUUGCAGAAACGUCCUAAGCAGUAUUAAAAAACUGACAACUAUCACAUUCCCCCAUGUGCUCUCCCACUCUCCUAAAGAGGCUGCUAGUUUUAAGGCUGUAUUCACGAAUGAUGAGGCUGCUCAGUAUCCUGAGUCUGUCGCAUCUCUAAGUGGCAGAAUAUGAUUAAAGCUGUAACAAGUACUCAACAAGCGGUACAUCCCUGGAUCAAACCAAGAGUUAGAAUUAAGUGUUUCAGAUUAUUUAGGUGCAUAUCCUCAUCAAACUGUCAGACUCACUCUUCUUCUUUCUCCCUCGCUCGCUCUCUCUUUUUCUCUCUUUCUCUCUCCUGCCCACCCGCAGGUGCCAGAAAGUGAUGUCAUACGCUGGGUGUUCCCAGAAAUUCCACAUUAAGCCCACGACACACACACGCAGGCACACCUGGGAAAUGUUUUAUGAAUAAAUACAUUCGACAAACUCCCACAGAGCGUGUCUGUGUGUGCACGCACAUGUGUUUUUAUGCUUUUGAAUAAAAUACCUUUAAACAGGCAGAUGGACACACACACAGUUUGAUUUAUGGCUGUCAGCAUCUGGUUGUAAAAUAUGUGUGACCAACUUAUCCUCCUGAGUCACUCCAGUGAUACUGCAGCCUGGUGAGGAGAGGGAGAGAAGUAUGAGGAGAGAAAAGAGGAGAAGGCAGGGACACUGUGAAAACAAAAAUUUAAGAAUACGAUUUUUUUUAUGAAAUUUUCGAAUCUCCUGUCUUUUCAUUUUUAAUUCAGCUUUAUGUUAAAUUUACUGCAAAUUUCUAUGCACAUGUUAACAAGUGCAUUUUUUUUAAAUUUCUUAUUCAGAAAACAAACUUUGUGUCAAAAUUUCUGUGAAACGUUACCAAUAUUCAACACAUUACCUAUCUUUCUCUUACAUUUCUGUCAGUAUAACUCAUUCCAUAUGAACCAGUUUGAUGAGCACUGUUGCUUUCUCUAAGGAGUCCCGGCCAAACUUGUCACAAUGUCAGAAUUCUGAACUUCAUAGUGUUUAAACAACACACUGAAAACAGACAUUUGACAUAUUCUUAAAAGUAAUGAAAAGUAAACUAAGGUUUUUUUCUAAGGUUUCGUCUUAAAACCCAUUUUUAUUCAUUGGCUUUUAACCCUGCAUGAGACUCGGCUCCUGUUUUAGUGUUCUAUGGUUUGUUUUUAGUCAUUUGUUUCUAUGUUUUUAAAUUAGUUUUUAAAAACAUUGAAGCUAUAUUUUAUUAUUAAUUCUGCUUUUAUUUUAUCCAUUGUUUUAAUUGUUUCUUGAUUGUUUUUUAUCUUGUUGUUUUUGUCCUGUUAUGUACAGCACUUUGUACAGCUGUGGUUGUUUUAAAGUGCUCUACAAAUAAAGUUGAGUUGAGUUGAGUUGAGUAAAGACAUAACAUAAAGACGCAAACUAAACUAGAUACGUUUGGCGGGACAUAUACAAAUGGCCAAAAUGGGCCAAAAAUAGCGGAAUAACUCUUAAACCGUGCGUCUGAGAAAAAAGUCCAAGUGCGCAAAUCAAAGAUCUCGUUAAGAUACACGUGCCUGUAAAAUUUUGGGCAGAUCAGACAAAGUUGACAUUCGUGGCGCUCUGUAGGGGGCGAUAGCAAGCCAUUUUUUAACGCAUUUUUUUGGUCACUUUAAAACAUUGCGAAUUCGCCGGGCCUGACCUGCCUGCACAUUUUAGUGAGUUUUCAAGGUCGUUCAGGGGGUCAAAAUUGCGUUUUCUGAGGCCGUAUAAUAAUAAUAAUAAUAUCAAUAAUAAUAAUAUUGAUAAUAAUAAUGAUAAUUGAGAACCCCUUUGGUUUUUGAUAGUGCUUCGCUGUCGGCUCGGGCCCUAGAUAUUUGGUCGGAGUUAUGUGAGCCCUCCCUGUGUGUGUGCUUUUUUAAAAUAUUUUUUAAACUAUUAUGGUCAUUUUAUGUGUGUAAGUCAUUGUUGUGCAAUAAUGAAACACAGAUUUUUAAAUCAAUCUGCUUUACAAAUAAAAAAAAUUAACCAAAAUGAGUGCAGGAUGCUUUGAAAAACAAACCAAAAAAAGAUUGUAGUUAAUGGGCUUAAACAUGUAAAAGCAGGAGUAAUGCCCUUUGAAGAACAGUGCACCCUGCAGGUUUUAUGAUCGAAUGAUUGAAGGGGUAGAGGAAGAGGAGGAUAGGUAGUCUGAGACGGUGAAGGAGUAAGGGCGGGUUUGUUUUCUGAAACCUGGAGCUUAAAAUGGUUUUCUUUGGCUCUCGCUUCAUAAAUGUCACAUGUUCAGACUGAGGCCACUAUGUGAGUUAACGUGUGAAUGAGUGAAUGCAUGGGUUUCAGUGAGUGUGUGAGUAUGCAUGUGUGUGUCCAUGCCCAUGUGGCCCCCCAUCCAUUCAACAUAAACCUGUCUCAUGGCAGCAGCUCAGAGGGGCGACGUCUAUGGUGGCUGACAGAGGACAAUUGGCAGAUGUCACUGCUCUCUGGCUUUUAUGUUAGCUUACUGCCUGUUUCUGGUUUUCAUCAAACGCCCCUGUCCUGUUUGCAAAGCAGAGCAAAAUUAACAUAGUUUCAGUAAAAGAGAAGCAAACAAAAGCAGCAGGUGAUAAUUCAAAGAAAUAUUCAAUAGGGGUGGGAAUCACUAGUGGCCCCACAAUACAAUUUCAUCACGAUACUUGGGCCAUGAUACAAUAUUAUUGCGAAUUUUAACAUUUUGCAAUACAGUGAGUAUUGCGAUACUAUAUAUUGCGAUUUAUACAAUUUUUCCAACUGUUUAGCUAAUUUAGCAUUUGUCUUUCUUUAAUGUUAGUCUUAUUUACACAGUAUUUUAUUUUUAUGUAGCACAUCUUGCAAACCUUAUAUAUAUUUGUUGUACUAACUUUCUCCUGCUCUAUGAUGUUACCUCUGCCAACCUCACUGGACAAACAAUUGGUUUUAUUUUCCCAUUAUCAUAGAUUUGACUUCACAUCAGCAAUUAGUAUAAAAAAUUGUUACUUGGUAAAUGAGACGAUACGAUAUAUUACCAGACAAAAUAUUGCGAUACUAUGCUGUAUCAAUUUUUUUUCCACCCUAAUUUUCAAGAAAAGUUAUAGCACGUCAAAGAUGUUCAAAAGAUGAUUUUUUAAUUUUUAAUUUUGAUGUUUUGUUUGUUUUUUAUAUCAAAUAUCUCGUAUUACAGACUGUGUGAGGCUUUUCAAAUUAAGAGUAAAAAUGUUAAAAAUGUUGCUUUGAUAUACAGUAGUUUCUCUCUCUCUCUCCUUUUUUUUUUUUUUGGUCACUUUUUGACUGUUUUCCUCUUUUCUUUGCAGACAUCCCAGGAUGCACAUCAAAACCGGCCUUGUAGACGCUCACCUCUACUGCAUGAAAAAAGCUGUGGUGGACUUCCUCGCAGACAACAAGUGAGUUCUUCUUUAAUCAGUCCACUUUUUGCUCAGUCUUCUUGAGCUAUUCAACUUUGAACUUUUUAAACUGAAAACUCUCUGGCUACCUGUUUAUAUCUGAGGUAUUGUCUGGGUAGAUAAUCAAUUCAGGCAUAAACCCACACAGUCAAACAGCCCUUCUUGUUCUCUGCUUAAUCCGCAGCAAGUGUUAAACAUGGUUACAUGGUGUGUAAGGCUUUGAAAGGUCCUGUUAGCAGGGUAUUCUAGCGAGGUGUUAAUUUGUUUUACUAUGUGCCACUGAGGCAGGCUGUUAGGCCUUUAGCCUCUGAAGUGGAGCAGUGUCACAGGGAAACUAUUGUAGCUAACCUGGCGAUACGUGCAUGUUUAGUGUGUGAAAAAUCAAAGAAUCAAUCGAUGUUUAGCUUUUAUUUUAAUCUUUUUUUAAUCAGUGUUAGUAAAUGCUUUAUAGAAUUAGGAGGGAGCAAUUUACAAUGUCCCCUUUAACUGGAGGUCUAAUGGGUUCACUGUGUCUUUGCCUCACCCACUCGAUUGCCAUGAAUGUUCCCAACUAUCACCUGCAGGGCUUGACACUAACUUUUUUCACAAGGAGGGCAUGUGCUCCUAAGUAGAAAAAGUAAGGAGCACACAAAGAACUUCAGGGGCACAAUGAAAAUUGGUCAAAUAAUGUGUUUCUUAUUGGUCGACAUAAGUACUAUUAUGUGAAAUCAGUUUGAGGUCUUUUGGUCACGUGACAUGGAGGCUAUUAAGGAAAAUGUUCAAAAUUUGCCUUUAAAUUUAACACAAUUUUAAAAACACAACAAUUUUUGGAGGACAAAUUAGGGAAAUAAAGAGGUGUGUCUGAUUGCCCGACCUUGGUACUAUCAUUUGAAAUCAAUUUUAGGUCAAUUGGUCACAUGACAUGGAAGCUAUUGAAGGAAAAUAGCCUUUUUUUUUUUAGAACAUCAACCGGUAAGUUAUUGAUGGUCCCUUAUUCAACACCCGACGUGGACAGCAAGGGUGCAGAGUAGAUUUAACCGUGCUGCUGUUGCCAUUCCCGGUUAUGGAGAGUGAUGAGACACUGGUAGACGCGCAGUGAAUGUCCAUCGGAUAUCCAACUUAAAACCAACUUCACCGCGAUAUUUACAUGAACGAACAUUUGUUGUCUCGGCUGAUUUUUUUGAUGAGCACAUGAGCCCCUGUGACAUUAAAAAAGUCUGGCUUUUUGCAUUGAUACAUUUAGACCGUGCAGUUCAAGUCAGGAAAACUCAUGUGAGAGGGGGCUUAAAAAGCAGCAUAAUUGCCAGGAAAAAGAAAAGGGUGUUCCUUGUAAAUCCUAAAAUCAGUCAAGCUGCCUGUCAUCACAGUAAACAUCAUACGGAUCUAAUAUAUUCUCUGCUUAUGAGCGAAAAUUAUAUGCUGGAAAAACUGAAGUGGACAUGAAAACCUAAAAAAAAAAACCCUCUUAUUCAUAUGCAUCAGACUCAUUUUUAACAGCCAAUCAAAUACUCUGAAAACUCUGCACUGUGUAUCACUGCAUGACUAGAUACCUAAACACAAGAUGUGUCUUAACACUUUGUUAAUGAAAAGUAUUGUGCUACGGUUUUCGAAGAUGUUUCGUCUUAUCUCACAACUUUUAAGAUGAAGUAAUGUGCGAUUGAUGUCCUCACCAAACAAAUGCAGGUUGACACAUAAAUAAACCCAAAGCCAAGAAAACAAACCCUGAUCUACCAUCUACCUCAUCUUUUCCUCCCUGCAGAAUGAAAGCAAGCUUUAAACUCGAAAAAAAAGCAAUUUUGCCACAGAGACAAGGACAUAAAUCGUACAUCAUUACAUCACUCAUGCCCACUGCUGCCACCAUAUAUCAUCCCUCUUGUUAGGUGACUCAUUCCUUUCUUCAGCUCCUUUUCUCGGACUUUCUUCCGACAGCUCCUCUCUUUCUCUCACUGAAGGAAAGAAAUGGACAGAGUAACUGUUGUUUUUCCCCUGUCAUUCACAUGGAAAUCCUAAUCUCUCUUUAAAAGGGAGGAAGACAGGGAGAGUGAAGGGGUGGGAGUGUGUGGGCUGGUGGUGAGGAAGACUGGGUGCAGCACAGGGCGAAGAAGAAAUUAAGAUGGGAAGAUUAAUAAGGAUGGCUGACACACAAAGAUACUUUCAUUUUACACAACAAAAAAACCUAAAUUAUAACAUUACCUAUAAAUUAGCCCUCUUUAUAAAUGAAAUAGAUCUAUUACAGCUAACUUGAUAUAUUUACGAAUUCUCUUAAGGUUUCUGUUUCUUGAUAGUUUAGGUACAAUCUGGCAAAUAUUAGAAAAUCAUGGUCAAUAUAUCAAAAGCUUCCCCCUCACAACUUUCUCUUCAAUUAGAAAUACUGAUGAGAAGCAAAGGUUCUUUUAAAGCAGUGGUUCUCAAGUCCAGUCCUCGAGCACACCUGAUUCAAAUGAUCAGCUCGUUAUCAAGCCAUUCCAGAGCUUGAUAACGAGCUGAUCAUUUGAAUCAGGUGUGCUCGAGGACUGGACUUGAGAACCACUGCUUUAAAGGAAGCACAUUAAGCCAGAAAUAUCAUUUUCAUGUUUAUGAGUUAUGGUAAUGGAUUAAUGUUUGCAUCAUAUUAAGAUCUUGUCCUGCGUAACAGAUCCAUCUCAUCAAUCCGUGGAGAGCUGGUACCGUAUAUGGUCCGAAAGCAGUUUUCCAAAUCAACCACGGGUCAGAAAAUCAAAGAGGAUGCAGAAGAACAGAACCAGAAGAAGACUGACAACUCUACAAACCACGGUCAGUGUUUCAAAACACAUCACAAGUCCACAGAGAAGAACAGCGAUAUAACAGCCGCUGUAGAUGAAUGUUAAAAUAGACUUUAAAAGCAAAGUGGCAAGUUAAACCCAGCAUUUUAACUCUGGUAUUCCUGUUUCUCUUCCUGUCUCGUCUCAUCGCCAGAGCUCCUCAUUUCAUCUCGAGACGAGCCUCUCCUCCAGCUGGCCCAGGAACGCUCAUGUUGGAACGACCACCGCGGUGACAUGAGCGAGGCUUACCAUGGAGGGAAACUGCGCUGCUACGUUCACAUUAUGGAACAGGGUCUCUGCUACCGUGUCAACACUUUAGCGGCUUACAUCGACGCAAAUAGACUGGUGAGUCAGACAUUAGCCUGCCCCUUUAAAAGUUUUGGAAAUCUACUUUUUUAGAUCAUGUUCAAUGUUUACUUUUAACAUUAAACACACCCUUCAAGAGCCAUAAAUGCUAUGUGAAGAUGUCCUCCUGAAUUUUUAUAUCAGCUUACCCUGGCUUCAUUGCAAGAAAACCUAAAUACUCCUGGAGUUUAAUUUUCCACUGUUUGGGUUCAUAUACGCAGCUCGCACCUGAAAAAUUUGUGCUAAUUCUCUGAGGGUUCGUGCAUGUGUGAACACAGCUUUAACCGUGGUUAUCUUCAAGUUUUGGAAUGUUAAUUGGUCAAAAAACACAAUGCAGACAUCUCUCUUUAUUUUUAUCAUCUCUUUAGCCAUGUCAUAAACGAUUAAUCUAUUCAUUAACUUGCUAAUUGCUCAUUACGGAUAAUUAGUUAUUUAAAAAUAUUGAGAUAAUUGUCCCUUAACUCAAUUGUUCUUUUAAAUGAUACAGUUUUCAUGCUGCCUAUUGUAUUGAGUCUAUUAAAGGUUCAGAAGCACUGCUGUGACCAUGUAUUGAUAACAUGCAGGUGCUCUUUGAAUAUUUAAGGCCUCAUGGGUGAAAAGUGAAAACUGCAACAGUCCUUCAAAAAAAGGGUCCGAAGCACAUGAGUAGAUAUGAUAUGAGUAGACGUAAUAUGCCUUUAUUUCACGUGGUGAAUACUGAUUGUUAUAUUGGGACAAGGCAAGUGCUAAAAUAACCUUCGUAGAUGUAGCCAUCUUGUGUCUGUCUCCGAUUUUGCUUUUUUCCGACUUGAAACUCUGUUAACUCGGGUGUAACAUCAUAUUCAGCUCCGACAUCUGAGUUAUGAGGUAACUCGAAUGCAGCAUUAGUUAUUUAAUUCUUUCCCUAUCAUUAAAAGACCAUUUAAUUACUCUCCUUUUUUUACUUAUAGGCCCCGAAACUCUUUGAAGAGCCAGCAGUCCACCCAUCAGCCGUCAUCUCUGAGAGGUGUCAGGUAAAUAAUAAACACUUUGUAGGAUCACGAGCCCGUCUGAAAGUGAUGAUUACAUGCUUCAUGUUCCUGUUUUGAGACUUUUGCCACUUCUUAAGCAGUUUUACCAUCUUUACUGAAACACAGCCCACACCCAAAGUCAGAUUUGCACCCCUCCAUCCCUUGAGAGGCAUGCGUGUGCGUUUGUGUGUGUCUGAAUGUUUGUGUGUGUGUCUGCUCUGCCCUCAGAUGGGAUCAGACAGCAUCAUCGGAGCGCUGUGUCAGGUUGCAGAUAAGACCUCCAUAAAGAGAUCCACCAUCGGGAAUUCAACCAGCAUCAAAGAGAAGGUCAAAGUCGCAAACUCCAUCAUCAUGCACGGGGUUACCGUCGAGGAGGGGUGAGAAAACACACACACACACACACAAACGUGCAUGCACUUGUUGACUACAUCUACUUUGAAGUGCAUUUUCCAAAACACUAAUUACACUUAUAAAAGAAUUUCACCUCCCAGGCAUGUUUAUGAAUCAAAGUUUUGAUGCCCAUGUGGCUCAUGGCUUUUGUUAGAAGUUAAGUCAGCACAGGCUUACAAAGCAGAGGAAUUUACCAAACAAAGAUCGAAGAAAAGGAGUGAUCUUGUAGGAAAACUCUUGCACUAAAUAUGAUUCAUCUACAUCCAAUACUUUUCACAGUUUCUCCAGAUUCGCUCACUUUUUUGCACACACAAUCAGCAUUUUUGUCCACAUCUCGGGAAUGAAUCUUCUUUGGUUCUCUUACGCGCAAAGAUGUGUGUGUGUGUGUGUGUUUGUGUGUGUGCUCGCCGGCCGAUGCUGCGUAGAUGUGUGUGUCCAUUGAUGGGAGGUGUAACAGGUUUUUGUUUUCUGGGCUCUAUGGGGUCAAACAGGGAGCGCCGCGUUAACAAUGCAUCUAUUGGUGUGCAACCAGCCAGAGAUCAGUUCCAAACAAACACACAGCUACUGAAGUGAAACACACAACAUCCAUAUAUUUCAUUUAGCAGCUAAUUUACUCGCCCAUACCCAAGCCCCCACUGGUUAUGGAAUUUAAGAUCACUGUGGGGGCCUGAGAGGUAGAGCCGUGACAGCGUAAGUCUGGGGGAUUUGAUAACUCUGUGUGGAAGUUGUGCCUUUAUUACCUCCGCCAAGGAGGUUAUGUUUUCAGUAGUGUUGGUUGGUUUGUUUGUUUGUUUGUGAGUUUGUUUGUCUGUUAGCAACUUUACGGAGAAAGUAACAGACAUAUUGACCUGAAAUUUUCACCAGAGGUGCGUCUCAGCCCCAGGAGGAUCCCAUUAAAUUUUGUUGGUGACCCAGAACACACAAAAAUAAGGGUGUUGUUGGAAUUUUCAAUGCUAAACGAUAACCAAUGGGCGGCACAGUGGUGUAGAUAGGCGGCACAGUGGUGUCGUGGUUUGUCAUGAUCGUGUUCAAACCGCCUGAUUUCUUGCGUCAAAAAAAGAAGAGUGUCUCGAGCUACUGUAGGAUUAACAUGUAGAUUGAUCUGCUCAGUGUCGUAGCCAGAAACUCCACUGGAAACAGACUCAUCUCGGUCUUAAGUUUGGAUUUUAAUGCACUCAUUCAUUCACAAGCUCCUUUUCUUUUAUCUCAUUAUCUUACUCCUCCCUCUCUUCUCUCUCCAUCAAGGCCUCGACGCCAUGUCUCUCCUCUCUCUCUCUCUCUUUCUCUCACUUUGUCUCUCUCUAUCUCUUCCUCUCUUAAGCCUUUCAGGGACCCCAGCCAGCAUGGGGACCCUCAUCAUGCCCAUGUAGGUGCACGCACAAAGGCAUGAAAGAACGAGAGAGACUGGAGAAGGGAAGAAAGAAGCGAAGGGGAAAGCAAGCUAGCACGCAAGAAAGAAAUUGCAAUUCUUUCUUUUCUUUCUUUCCUUUUUUUUUUUUUUUUUUUUUUUUUUUUGGAGGACAUAAGAAGGAAGGAGAAAGAAGGAAAGAAAGAGCCAGUGUGAGCGGAUUAGCAGACCCCGGCCAUGUCGCAGAAACCCCUCGCAUUUCUGCUUUCUUUGUUUGGAGCUGACCAGAACUUGUUGACAAAGCGCUGCGUGUUUGGGAAGGGGGAUAGUAGGGGUCAACUUUACAGGGGGGGGUUGGCACAGGAGGUGGGGGUUGACGUGUGUUAGAGUGUGUGUGUGUGUUUGGGGGUGGGUGUGUGUGUGUGGGGGGGGUCAUGGCAAGGAGGAGCCCUGGUGUUAGUAAUUAGUGGUGUUUCAGUGCUGAGGCUUCUUUGGUGGUCUCUCUCUCCCUCUCUUUCUCUCACUCUCUCACUAAUGUUACAAAACUUUGAAUCUUGUAAUCUCCCAUCACCAACUACCACCACCGCCACCUCCUAGGUAGUUACUUACACACACACACACACGUGCUCACACACACACACUCAUUCCUCGCUCUCCCUGCAGGCCUAACCACCUGAAUAGAAUGAGCCAACACAAACCUGUCUGUGUGUGAGGCGCUGAGGGCCAAGCGUGUGUGCGUCACUGCCCGGGCAAAACCGACAUGUGUUCUCCAGCGGGUUCUCUGAGCUACUGAAACAAACGUUGUCUUACCCACACACACACACACGCGCACACACACACACGUCCUCCACGGUCAGCCAACACAGGACACACUGUCUGUGUCAAGACUGUCUGUGUCUCCUCUCCAAGAAUUUUAUGGUGAUGGUUUGGCUGAAUGCAAGCAUGCUCGGUGGGUUGGCACUGCCGGCUCAGGUGUAGCGCAGCCAACAAUGUCUUAACACACACACACGCGCGCACGUAGGCGCACACACACGUGGAAACAGCUUGGAGCGCUGCUGUUCUUUAAUAUAAAUGCUAAUGGUGUGUCAUUAAGUCCAGUUGAUUGGAUGUGUUUGAGUCCUCCGAGCAGGUGGGAGGAUUCCUGAUGGGGAGACAGGCUGAAUGUAGCUUCUGUCAGUGGAAGCUCCACUUGCUCUGGGAGCUCAACAGUGGGAAGCUGUGGCCGCACUGGGCUGCUCCCAGUAUGUAUGAGUGUGUACAGAAGGUACGAGGUAGAAAACAGAAUGUGAGCCAUAAACAUGUUUUGAAUCUCCAGCAGGGUCAAAGCAUAAACAGCACAGUCGGAAAAUCCUGUUUCCACCAAACCGAGCUGAUCCCGACUAAAUAUUACUCUUUAAUUACUUCAGAGUUCAUAAAGGAUCAGUCGGCGGCAGAAAUGAGCCAGUGGUUCACCAUUUUUAGGUCUGUGUGAAGUAAUUGAUGUUUUGGGAUGUGAAGAUUUCCUUAUUGAUCAACCAGUUUGAUUAUUUCCCCCCCUGGGCUAAGAGUUUGGUCAGCCCGUCAAGAAAACAAACUCAAUGUGAAUCAAAGCAGGAUGGACAAGGUUGAUUUGUGUGAAUUUUAAAUGAAUUUAUGUCUACCUGAUUAACUGUAGUAGGGCUGGGUGAUAUGGCCUCAAAUCAAUAUCACAAUAUAUUGAGCAGUUCACCUCGUCAACGAUAAAUAGACAAUAACUACUCCACAAGCUGCUCACCCCCUCCCACAUUUACUUCGUCUACUUGUCGCUCCAGUCGCAACAACUUUUGAACCGUCCUCCAUCUCCUCACCUGUCUUUCCCUCUUUGUCACGAUGUAGGACAGCGUCUUAUAGGAACAUGAAACUAUAGCCUACCUACACACAACCAAAACCAAUUUUUUUGUAUUUUUUUAUUUAUGUAUUUUUUGACACAAAUAUACCGAUAUGGGCAAAAUGACGUCAGUUAUUGAGGUAAAUUUUGGUAUCUGUAAAUUUUCGGUUUAUCACCCAGCCCUAAACUGUAGCCUACAGUAUAGGACCUGGUGGCUUUGCUUUUCACUGUAAACACACCCUCCUGUGUUCCCACAUUACUGGGCAUGACCUCAGUAUCAACAUGAGCGAUUUUUCUUCUCAAGAUGCUUGAACUGAAGAAUUUUUUUGUGGCUUAAAUAGCUGGAAGUAGAAGCUAUUUCAUGGGAAAGUAAAACGAUCACAAAAUACGAACAGGUUAAGCGUGGAAAUAGAGCUAAGAUGAACCGUCACAUUUGUUUCUCUCUCCACAGGGAGUCCUGACACCCCCCGGAGGUUGAGACCACCGCUGUAAAAACAGUGUAAAAGUUUCUUGUGCUUCAUGUUAUUUUUGUGUGAUCCCCAGGUGUAAUAUCCAGGGCAGCGUGAUCUGCAGCAAUGCUGUGAUUGGACGAGGAGCAGACCUCAAAUACUGUCUGGUGGGGAACGGGCAACGGAUCGAACCAGAGAGUGAGAACCAACCACAUAAAUACACGAACCACUUAUUUUGAAGGUCCUCUGAUUGUAGGUGAAGUCGAGGGAAAUUUCUGUGUUUCAGCUUCUAACAAACAAGGGUCGUACAUUUGCAUCCCCAAAUUAAAUCAUCUUAUACUCUCAAAGAAAACCAAAACUUAAUGUACUGUUGCUGCUUUUGUGUCCUCCUGCAUUUCUACUCGGCUGACUCAGAUAAGGUGUUGUGUGUGUGUGUUUGCGUGCGUCUGUGUGUGUGUGUGUGUGGUAUCUGUAAGUGCCAAGAUUUUAAGCCAACCAGGAAAGUUUCUUAAUUCUGAAGUCUGUGUGAUAGAGAGAUUUGUCAGAGUUUCUUUUUUUUUUUAUUUCUCUAAUCCUCUUGUCCCCAAAGCUCGCCUUGUGUAUGUGUGUAUGUGUGUCUGUGUGUGUGUAUGUGUAUGUGUAUGUGCGUGUCACAUUGAUGGAGAGGUUAGAGAGCAGGGCCAGAACAGGACCACCCGGAAUUCAACAGCAGCAGCCCUGCAGCCACAUCCAGCACGCACAGACACACACACACACACGGACACACAUACAUAUAAAGAAAGAGAACAAGCUCUGCUUCCAGGCUGAGCAGCCUAAUUGAGAGAACAACAGGGUGCUCUAAGUAACAAAAGUGUGAAUUUGAGCUAAACUCGCCUAAAAAUGUUUGAAACUGUUGAGGCCUUUAUGGAGCGUCAAUUGAGCGAUUUCUGCGACAAAACUGAUCUCGCUUCACGUAUUAUUAUAACUUUUUUUUUUUACUGUUGCCCGACUGGCCUGAAAUGUGCUUCUUUUGUCGGGUUAUUGAAGACUGGAAACUUGGAAUUGCAUCAUUGGUUUGCAUACACUGUAAAGCUAAAGUUCAUUUGCACAGAUACAAAGUUCUGGAUAAUAUGUCUCCAAUGGGCUGACAAUUCCCGGAUCCCUCUCAAUUCCCGUUUUAUUGUCAUAUUCUGAUAUUUGUUAUGAUUUGAUUAAAGGCAGUACUCCUCAUUUAACAUUUAAAGAUGAUUUACCCGGUAAAGUUUAUAAGAAAAGCACACACAAAAAAUCCUCUAAAGAGAGUUUUGUGUGUAGCUUGCAACUUACUGUUAUCGUCUGUAUGAAAACAGACAAGGCUGUUGUACGUUGACCACUGAUAUAACUGUAUGAAUAGUAUCUUGAAUCUCUAACAUACACUUAUACUCAACAAGGCAACCAUCUGAGGCGCUAAAGGAAAGAGAAAUCAUCUUAAAAAAAGGGAGUCGGCACUGUUUAUCAUCAGAAAUUUCAAGUCGUCUUUUGUCCUCUGCUUUGAAAUUUUCACCUCAAUAGUUUGUGGUGAAAUUCGGCAGUUUAUCCAUCACAUUAAAGUGAUUUAUGUCAUGUAUCGCACUGAUUUUUAAAGCUUCCUUUAUAAGUGUAAGAAAGCACUGUAUUGUCUCUUGCCAAUCAAGCUGUUUAACCUUAGGCUGCUAAAGACAUUACACACCCACUGCUGAGCCUGUUAGCAGCUAAGGACCACCCUGCCAGUCAGCCACACACACACACACACACACACACACACACACACACACACACACACACACACAAACACACACACACAUAAAUGCAUGUCUGACAGGCGUUCAUAUUUAAAAGCUAAAGAUUCUUGAAAAUUAUAUAUACAGUCACUGUUACUUCGAGACUUCCUCCACUGUCUCCGUCACUCAAAGAUGGCGUUAUCUUCUUGUCAUAUUCACAAAGAUGGACUUAGUUGCUUUAUUUCUCCAUCAUUUGUUCACUCUUACCAUUGCUCACCUUGGUAAAGACACUUCUAAAUACAGGCCUAAUAAAUUUAAGCACUUUUAAGUCACAGAUGAAUCAAUAGAUCCAAAUUCAGAAACCAUUCCUCCCCUUCGCUCCAGUCCCUCCCUCUCCUGCUAUCCCAUGCUCCAUUUGUGCUCCCCUCUCCACACAGCAGAGCAUAAACUCAUUUUGAGCAACAGAUUCCUUCACACCAAAACCUGUCUGUGUGGACGGAACAUUUCUCUCUGCCACCGUUUGCUUUGGAUCAGCACAGAUGCUCACAGAUGGAGAGAUGGAGGGAUGUAGGGAGGAGCAGCAGCAGCAGCAGUAUGUUGAACGGGCUUUGGGUUUGAAGGAGAAGGCAGGAAAAUGCUGGCAGGCUGAGCUGUAGCGGUCGGAGUGACCUAAGAUUUCCCAUAUUGAACAUUGAGGGACUGAUUUCAAACAUAUAAAUGCUCAGUGCACAGUGGGUAUUCUAGCAGCUGCCAAUCUACUACAAAUCUUAUACGCUCAUAUACCUGCCAGACGGCCAUUGUUGUCCUUCCAUCUCACUAUGGAUUCAAAGUUAGUAUGCAGAGAUAUCUCAUGAGUAUUCAGUCCAAAUGAAAACUCAACUUUUUGGGCAAAAGUAUAUGUCUCCAGAGCAAGACAAGAACUCUCCUUAGUGAUGUAACACAUGAUGAUUAACAACAAUCAUCAAAUGCCAGAAACAACCAUAUUUUACAAAUGUUUUCUACCACAUUCACAUUUGCUCAUGCUUUAUCUUGUAGAUGAGCUUUAGGUGACCAAGAAGUAAAAACACAGCACAUUAACACCUUUAAAGGUCCUGGGACCGACGCAAAUAUACUAUACGAAAUUACGAAAUAUUUAGAGGCGAAUUUUGACGCGCCUGACUAUGCACAUCACGCCCGAUGCGAUUUUGCGACUUUCCGGGGGCAAAAAAGACACGUCCCGGGUGGAAGCGAGAAGACUGACACAACAACAGACUGACUGUUUUCAGUUCUUAUUAGACACUAGUGUUGAGAUUCUGUCAUGAUAGCAUUUACUGAGUCGGGGCCAGUCCCAGAUAAGCACAUUAAACUAUAAUCCAUAAACCGAGACCUAAUGGUGAUGUGACAGCAACGUGAUUGAGUUUGAGACAGUAAAAAUACAUAUGGUAUGUUGUAUCUGAACAGGUUAGCUUACGAGCUUAAGUUACUUAGCACAGAUGAAAGUUAAAACAAAGACGUUUAGCAAACUGUUAAAGCACACAAACUAUCGUCAUAUGAGAGAUCCGACGCUUUGACUCUCCAGAAGUUGUCCUUCAGGUCAUUAUCUUUGUUAUGUUUGUGUCUUUUAUCAAAAAGCACUCUGUUCUCCGACACAUUAAGAAUCAGCCGGUCGGCCAUGUUGGAUAUACUGGUGAAUCAAACGUCUCAACAAUACGAAAUCUGAUUGGUCAGAAGUGGACACAUAGUAUGCGAAACUUUGAAAAAAUCGGCCGUGAUCUGAAAAAAUAACUGCCGCAAUAUCGCAGGACGGGAAAACAUCACUGAUGUGAACGCUUGUAUUGACAGGAUAUGGGUUCCAAAAAAUGUUGACGUCCGAAAUAAUCACACACACAAAAAAAAACGGUUCUGGUGUGUAAGGACCUUAAGAGUAAAACUCCAUGGAGUUGAUGGGAGAAGUAUCAACGUGUUGUUGAAAAAUGAAUCUAAAGUGAAGCGUCCAUUCGAGGUGGUCCUCAAAAGCAAAAUCUCUCUAAAAAAAGCUUAAAAGAUGAUUUUUUUAUUCAACAAAUGACUUGCAAAAUGUCAAAGUGUGGUGACAGAGUAGGAUCGUCGCUGACCUUUUUCACGUAAUCCAAACAGAAGACACAUUUCAGCGUCAUAAAUCGGUGGAUAUGGUGGACAUUAGUGGCCGCUUGGUUUUAGGAUCUAAUCUGUGUCGUUUUGUUGUUUAUUUUUAUCUAUGUGUUGAAGUAAAACACCAGUUAAAAUGUUUGGGGUUUAAAAGUUUUAAGAAGGAACUUAAAUAAUGGACCAAAUCAGUUUACCCAACUGUUGAACCCUCAGACAGACGUCAAACUUACAAACUUACAAACUCAUUUCAGAACACCAGAGAUUUUUCACCCAAACUGAACACCUGCCUGCAGUGAUUCAUAAAAAUGUUUCCGCUCUUUUUCCUCAGCCGAGAGGACUAAUGAGGUCAUCGUAGGAACGGACCAGCUGAUGGAGAUCUAGGUCCCAUGAGAAGGAAUGGCGUCAAUUCACUAACCAAUCAGAGAGCAGCACCGCACACAGGAUGACCAACUCACUGGCUGACUAACCAAUCAGAAGCCUGGAUGCUGCUCGAAGGUUCUAAGUUAUCUUCUCAUACACUUUUUGUACAUUGUGUCCAAAUAAAAAUAAGUGCUUUAACCCACAC